UCCUCGCUGCAGACUGUGGCUGAGUCACUUGACCAAGACCCUGGAGUUACAAUGGCGGCGCCCAUGCUGCGCUGGGGCUGCCGUGGAAGACGUUGGGCUUUAGCCUGCGUUGACGGCGGUUCUUGCCACCGAAGAGGGGCUCCGACUGGGUCCACAUCCAACAGGAUUAGGGGACAGAGCUCAGUGGCUCAGCAGCCCCUCCACACGGCCCAGAAGCCAAGGAAAGGUGAACACAAAUGGGCUGCUGUGGUAGGGUUGGAAAUUCAUGCCCAGAUUUCCUCCAACUCUAAACUAUUCUCUGGAUCUCAAGUUCGCUUUUCAGCACCUCCAAAUUCCUUGGUUUCUUUUUUUGAUGCAUCUCUACCUGGAACUUUGCCGGUUCUCAACAGGAGGUGUGUAGAAGCGGCGGUGAUGACAGGCCUGGCUCUGAACUGCCACAUAAACAAGAAGUCCUUGUUUGACAGGAAGCACUACUUCUAUGCAGACCUCCCUGCAGGCUACCAGAUUACCCAGCACAGGCUCCCAAUCGCUGUGAAUGGGAGCUUGACAUAUGGCAUCUCUGCAGGGAAGGAGUGCGGUCAGGUGAUCCCCAAGAUGGUGAGGGUCAAGCAGAUCCAGUUGGAGCAAGACAGUGGCAAAAGCCUCCACGACGACCUGAGAUCUCAGACGCUCAUUGAUUUGAACAGGGCGGGAGUGGGCCUUCUGGAGGUGGUCCUGGAGCCCGACUUGUCCUGUGGAGAAGAGGCGGCAACAGCUGUCAGGGAGCUGCAGCUGAUCCUUCAAGCCCUGGGGACCAGCCAGGCGAACAUGGCAGAGGGCCAGUUGAGAGUGGAUGCCAAUAUAUCUGUGCAUCACCCUGGGGAGCCUUUGGGCGUUCGAACGGAAGUGAAGAAUCUCAACAGCAUCAGGUUCCUGGCCAAAGCCAUAGACUAUGAAAUUCAGAGGCAAAUCAGUGAACUUGAGAAUGGAGGUGAAAUUCUGAACGAAACGCGCUCAUUUCAUGAGAAGCUGGGGUGCACCGUGUCAAUGAGGGACAAAGAAGCAAAACAGGACUACAGGUUUAUGCCGGAACCUAACCUGCCUCCCCUCCUGCUCUACGACGCCACAUCUCUGCCCACAGGUGCAGACCCACAGCAAGUGAUCAACAUCGACCAGAUCCGGGAGACACUCCCAGAGCUUCCCAGCGUGACCCGAGAGAGGCUUGUCCAACAGUAUGGGAUGCUGCCGGAACACAGCUUCACUUUGCUGAAUGAAGUCGGCCUACUGGAGUUCUUCCAAAAUGUGAUGAAAGAAACUAGGGCAGAGCCAAAAAAGGUGACGAGUUGGGUCCUCAACAUUUUUCUGGGCUAUUUAAAGCAAGAGAACCUUGCUGUCAGUGAGAGUCCUGUCACACCCUCUGCGCUUGCUGAGCUUCUUGACCUGUUGGACAGCAGAACGAUUUCUUCAUCAGCAGCUAAACAGGUGUUUGAGGAACUGUGGAAGAGGGAAGGGAAGACUCCAGGGCAGAUUGUUUCAGAAAAGCAACUUGAACUGAUGCAGGACCGUGGGGCACUGGAGCAGUUCUGCUACUCGGUGAUGAAGGACCAUCCUCAAGUGGUAAUGGAUGUGAAGAAGGGAAACCCCAGAGCUAUAAAUAAACUGAUUGGGUUGGUCCGGAAAGCAACACUAAACCGAGCAGAUCCAGCCGUGAUCAAGGAAAUCCUGGAGAAGCAGCUGUCAUCAUGAGAUGUUUGGGGUCCCCAUGCCCAUGGGAGAAGAAUGUAGCCUGACUGGGCACAGGAGCCUGUGAAAGCUGAUACCUGUGUGCCCUGAGAGCUGCAUCUCUCAAUCCGUGGCCUGAGCCAUAGUAAUGGCAUUGUGUGUCACCAGUGUUCUUGCCCUCUGGGCCCUGUGCCAGGAGGUGCCUCCACAGCUGACCAGCAGCCACGUCCGCCUGCUUCAUCCACCUCAGGAGUGGCCCGUGAUGGCUGCAGCAGUGGUGAAGGAGCAACACCUUCUUGUGUUAAGGAGUCUUAAACUAAAUAAAAUGUAUGUUAGAGAUACUGUUACCCAUUCUAAGAUAACUGCAUUCUGCAGUUCCUUCAACAAAUAUUUUUGAGCAGUUCCUAAGUACCAGCCAUUGUUGUAGGUGAUGGGCAUUAGCAGGGGUCAAGAGACUGUAAUUUGGAUGUAGUGUUUUCAGACCUAAACACAGGUUAACAAAGAUGAAAACACAACGAAAUAAACUGGGCCAUUAUAAACACACAUUUGUUCAGGGUGGUCUCAAGUGGGUGGGGAAGGAGGAUUUUUUUUUUUCCAGGAAAUAAAAGCAUUUUAUUUAUUUAUUUAUUUAUUUAAUUUCAUUUUAUUUCAUUUUAGGUUUUGGGGUAUAUGUGAAGAACAUGCAAGUUCGUUGCAUAGGUACACACAUGGCAGUGUGAUUUGCUGCCUUCCUCCCCAUCACCUAUAUCUGGCAUUUCUCCCCAUGCUAUCUCUCUCCAACUCCCCAUCCCCUGCUAUCCCUUCCCUAUUUUCCCCUGACAGACCCCGGUGUGUGAUGCUCCCCUCCCUGUGUCCAUGUGUUCUUAUUGUUCAACACCCACCUAUGAGUGAGAACAUGAGGUGUUUGAUUUUCUGUUCUUGUGUCAGUUUGCUGAGAAUGAUGGUUUCCAGGUUCAUCCAUGUCCCUACAAAGGACACAAACACAUUGUUUUUGAUUGCUGCAUAGUAUUCCAUGGUGCGUAUGUGCCACAUUUUCCCUGUCCAGUCUAUCAUCGAUGGGCAUUUGGGUUGGUUCCAGCUCUUUGCUAUUGUAAACAGUGUUGCAGCGAACAUUCGUGUGCAUGUGUCCUUAUAGUAGAAUGAUCUAUAAUCCUCUGGAUAUAUACCCAGUAAUGGGAUUGCUGGGUCAAAUGGAAUUUCUAUUUUUAGGUCCUUGAGGAAUCACCACUCUGUCUUCCACAAUGGUUGAACUAAUUUACACUCCAAUGUAAAAGUGUUCCUAUUUCUCCACAUCCUCUCCAGCAUCUGUUGUCUGCAGAUUUUUUAAUGGUCACCAUUCGAACUGGCGUGAGAUGGUAUCUCAAUGUGGUUUUGAUUUGCAUUUCUCUAAUGACCAGUGAUGAGCAUUUUUUCAUGUUUGUUGGCCUCAUGUAUGUCUUCUUUUGUAAAGUGUCUGUUCAUUUCCUUUACCCACUUUUGAAUGGGCUUGUUUGUUUUUUUUUCUGGUAAAUCUGUUUUAGUUCUUUAUAGAUUUUGGAUAUCAGCCCUUUGUCAGAUGGGUAAACUGCAAAAAUUUUUUCCCAUUCUGUUGGUUGCUGAUUCACUCUAAUGACUGUUUCUUUUGCUGUGCAGAAGCUGUGGAGUUUGAUUCGGUCCCAUUUGUCUAUUUUGGCUUUUGUUGCCAAUGUUUUUGGUGUUUUGAUCAUGAAGUCCUUGCCUAUGCCUAUGUCCUGAAUGGUUUUGCCUAGAUUUUCUUCUAUGGUUUUUAUUAUGUUAGGUCUUAUGUUUAAGCUUUUAAUCCAUCUGGAGUUAAUUUUAGUGUAAGGUGUCAGGAAGGGGUCCAGUUUCUGCUUUCUGCCCAUGGCUAGCCAGUUUUCCCAACACCAUUUGUUAAACAGGGAAUCCUUUCCCCAUUGCUUGUUUUUGUCAGGUUUGUCAAAGAUCAGAUGGUUGUAGAUGUGUGGUGUUGCCUCUGAGGCCUCUAUUCUGUUCCAUUGGUCUAUAUCUCUGUUUUGGUACCAAUACCAUGCUGUUUUGAUUACUGUAGCCUUGUAAUAUAGUUUGAAGUCAGGAAGUGUGAUGCCUGCAGCUUUGUUCUUUUUGCUUAGAAUCAACUUCGCUAUGUGGGCUCUCUUUUGGUUCCAUAUGAAGUCUAAGGUGGUUUUUUCCAGUUCUGUGAAGAAGGUCAUUGGUAGCUUGAUGGGGAUAGCAUUGAAUCUGUAAAUUACUUUGGGCAGUAUGGCCAUUUUCAUAUUGAUUCUUCCUAAUCAUGAGCAUGGAAUGUUUCUCCAUCUGUUUGUGUCUUCUCUUAUUUUGUUGAGCAGUGGUUUGUAGUUCUCCUUGAAGAGGUUCUUUAUGUUCUUUGUUAGUUGUAUUCUAGGUAUUUUAUUCUCUUUGUAGCAAUUGUGAAUGGCAGUUCAUUCUUGAGUUGGCUCUAAGUCUGUUAUUGGUGUAUAGGAAUGCUUGUGAUUUUUGCACAUUGAUUUUGUAUCCUGAGACUUUGCUGAAGUUGCUUAUCAGUUUCAGGAGAUUUUGGGCUGAGACGAUGGGGUCUUCUAAAUAUACAAUCAUGUCAUCUGCAAAUAGAGACAAUUUGACUUCCUCGGAAGGAGGAUAUUAUUACAAUUAAUAAACCUAUCAUAGAAGUGCUACUGCCUGUUCAACUCCCUACCCAUCCCAGAAGGCACUGUUCUGAGAAUAAAUGAAUUAAAAAUACAUAGUAAGUUUUCAAAUAAAUUUAAUCAGUAAAAUAUAUGCUGAAAUAUCCCAUAAAAAUUAACUUACACUUCAAGGAUUGUGCAGUUGACAACUCCCCUCAACUCCCCGCAACCCUCAAGCCAAACAGGAUGAAAAGAAACAAAAAAGAAAAAAGUUGUAACAUGAAAUUGACUUGUUUUGCUUGGAAAUAAGAUGACAAAUUAUUAAAUCAAAAUCUUGACCUUUCACAAUAAUUGUGGUGUGCUGCAGGCGUCUCGAUGAGGGCGGGGCUGCCUGCACUCCUGUGCUAUGACACUAAUACUGUUCUCCCUUGCACCAGAGCACCUCUUUGUUCAGUAUAUGCCUUUGUUAACCUCUGACUCACCUCACUUGAAGGCCAGCUUUGCAAAUGUUGUUUUUUAAAAGCAUACUUGUCAAAACCGUGAUGUAAGAGAAUAAAAUCCUUGGAGGCCUUGA